GCUUUUGACAAAAUAUCAACAAGAGUCCGUGUCGAUUAAUAAUAAUUUAAAAAGUAAUUCAAAUAUGAACACUCAAGAGUGAUAAAUAGAAAAAUGUCCGAACAAGUAGAAUUACUGUUUUUUGACACAUUUGCCCACGAUAACACUGAGGAAAUAAAUCUAGAUUUGGUGCAGUUUCCCAAACCUGUUUAUGUAGUGGAAGUCAGAAUAAUUCCUUUGGGAGCAAGAGUUCAAGCAGAUUUUCCUGGAGGAGUUAGACUUGGAGCAACCAACCCUAGUCAAUUCGACAUAGAAUUUUUUGUUAAUGAUUUAGGAAAACCAGGAGCUAGUACUUUUGAAACUUUAGGUGGUUUUAAAUAUGAUCAGAAUGGUUGUAUUAAUUUGGAAUGUGCUUCAAAUGAAAAUGUAAGGAAAAUUCCUACAGAUGGACUAGUUCUUAGAGGUUGGUAUACCACAAUAACACUUGCUGUAUAUGGCACUCUUACCAACAAUAUAGCAGAGCCAAUAAUUCAGCCACCUGUUAACCCUUCUUUAAAUAAUCAACCAAAUACUAUCCAAGAUGCACAACAAAUAUGUGCCGGGUCUCCACUAGAUGCAGAAUGGUCUCAAGAUAAUAUUACACCAGUACCUAUUGAUUAUACUGCUCAACAAGCUGAUCCCUAUCAGCAAUUUGUACCACCAGAACAAUAUGUUCAAGAAUUUGAUUAUUAUACAGAAGUUCCCAAAGAUCCCAGAAGUUAUCAUCAUACACCUGAAACUGAUUGGGAUAAAGGACGGAGGGAUGAUGUAAGAGAACACAGUAGGGAUGUACCCUAUCCAAAACCAACUUGUGAACGCGAUCAUAACAGAGCCGAAGUAGACCGUCGAGAUCGUGAAAAAAGGUAUUCUCGUUCAGAGAGCAAAGACAGAGACAGACAAUCUCGAGACUAUAGGGAUAUUGAAAGAGAACCACCGGAAGUUAAUUGGCCCGAACACGAUCAUCCCGACUAUCGACUCGAAAGAACUGACCAUGAUUGGAGCGAAAGAGAUCGAGAUAGAGGUCACGAUAGGGAUAGACAAUAUAGCAAACAUGACGAUAGCUAUAGGAGGUCGUAUAAUAGAAAUGAAGAGAGGGAGGAUAGAAAGCGGCCGAGAACGCCACCGUUACAUUCUCCAAAGCGACCUCAUACACCUCAGAUUCAAGAACUUACCGAAGUUGUCAUGGAAGAUAAUCUUAUUGUUCCUGUAGAACAGACUGAGAAGAGAGAAGAUGAAAGUGAAGAAGUUAAGGCAAGUCCUCCGAAGGAAAUGUCUGUAGACGAGCCACCGCAAUUGGAUGUUGAGGAGUUUGAACCCAUACUUAGCGAUGAAGAUAUACUUGAUGACACAGAUCACUACCAAGACUUAGAGUUUGAUUACACGGCAUAUACUAAUAAUGAUGAUAUCAUUAAAUUAUUCACUCCAGGUAUUACGGAACUUAAAAAAUAUCCCAAAAAGCAAAGAUUUAGCAUAAACGAUAAUGUUAUAGAAAUUGAUGAUAGUUUAAAAGUGUCGAUAGGUAUAGCAGAUGAUUACUUUAAAUCAAGUAUUACGAAAUACGAUAUAAAUAUAUUUAAUAAUCUAAAUACAGAGAUUAAAGAAGAAUUUGUACAUUUAUCUGAGAAAGUCAUGAACAUUAUAGGUCCUUCUCAACUAUUUUGCGAUAUUGUUAGAUUGUACGUGAAUACUAAAUCCUUAAACGUCGAGUCAUUGUCACAAGAAGAUAAAGAAUUGACAGAACAAGCACGUUUCAUAGUAUCGAAUCUGCUGGAUUGGUUAAAAGUUGCGAUAAAUUACGAUUUAGCCAAUCUUCAAACCCAGCCUGCCUAUAAAAUAAGGCAUCUCAAGAGUGGUGUUAGAUUGGCUGAUUAUUGCUGUACAAGUUCAGACUUUGUAACCCUUUUGUGGCAAAAUGAUGUUAAUCUUCAUAAAGAACUACUAAAUCUCUACGAACAAGAGUUUAUGGCUUUGUCUAUCAAGCUCAUGAUACUUAAAGCGCUAGAUACAUAUUUGCACCAUAAAUUUGCAGUCGAGAAAUUUCUUUGGGGCGAUCGAGCACACAGCGAAACAUCUAUAAGUGAAUCAGUCGAGUACACGAAACUCAUUUGUUACGUUCGAGAUAAUCCAUUGGUACGCAUAAAAUUUGCCUUAACAUCAAUUAUCAAAAAGCUUCACCUUUUUGAAGUACUUCACAAAUUGCAUUCUAUUCUAAUAAAACUUCGCGGUACCUCUUACGACAUUUCUCCAGAGGAAGUCAAUUUGAUGACCAAAUCUUUGAGCGAAAUUUUUACUUACGUUCGAAAAGGGCCGUUUGUGUUGUCACAACCAAAGAGAUUUUUGCCGGUAGCUUCACAGUUUGAAGUUAUGAGGGACCAUAAGGAUAGUAUCUUGAUGGAUUAUUUCAAGAUGUUUAAUUUGCUGCAGUGCUUCCUUUUAUUACUCACCCAUCCUAGCACUAUGAACCUACCAUUAAUAAAAACUCCUAUAUACGAGGUUAUUUCUAAAAUGUUAACAGAUAAUGAGGGUCUUCAAUUUUUAUCUGAAAAUGUUAGUACAAUGAAUUUGUUAUUAAAGUGUCUCUUGAGGAACGAAGAGGAGAUCCAGUAUGGCAGUGUGGACAUGAAGUCGCACAAUUUAGGGCUAAAAGUAGCUUACAAACUACAAGCUUUGUAUCACAUAGAACUGCUUUUAGCCAAAGCGAAAAUAUUGAAUUAUGACUGGGAAAAUCCAGAAAUUAUCGACAACUUACACUUAUUAUUUUGCCUAACGUUUUCACCGAUAGGGAAAGUUUGUUGUGCUGAAGUUUUGGGAUUGGAUAAUAACGUAAAUGCUUUACUUCAAUUCGUAGAUUUUAUUUUUUCGAAAGACAAACCCGAUAUAAUUCUUGCACGUAUUAAAAGUUCUCCAUCCAUCGGUUAUAUAAUUGAUUUGGCUUUCAUGGCAGUUACCGUAGUUUCCAACGUUCCUUUAAUGGAAAAACAUUCCAAAUUACUGUUGCAUUUGAGUAAUCAUCACGAUAUGUUUGAAGAAAAUGAAUGCAAUAAACUCAACGAGCUAAAGUACUACCUUCUGCCGUUUGAAAAUGUAACAACUUUAACUUACGAUAAUAUUUCUACGUUUGUCGAUGUCAUAAUGAAACAGAUGGAAAAUUUUCCUCAUAAUCUAGGUCCUAUAAUUACUUCUUUAAGGAUUAUAGAACACUUGGGAAUUUGUCCUUAUGCCAGUUCUCAAGGAGUUGCAGAACAUCCUUUAUGUCAUUAUGUAGAACUGAAAUACAAGCAUGUUAUACUACAACUGUUUUCUUUGGAUGGAACUUCUUUACUUACAAAAUUGUUGCAAAAAAUAUGCGAAUAUUACGAACAACCGAGUCUGCAUUCUUCCGUAAUAGCUGCCAAUCAAGGUUUAAUGAUAGUCAAUACAGUUAAACCCUCCAUUGUAUUGUUAAAACAAAUGUUAUCUUAUGUGAUUCAGUGUCAAAAUACAAACUUCAAGGAUCUUUCAGUUAUACCUAUACUUCUAAAAACUUACAAUCUACUAAUCAAUUUUCCGAUCUCUUCAGCAAUACAUUUCGUGGUACAAGAUGUAAAAGCUAAUGUAAUAGAUACUUUAUUAGUAUACACGCAACCUGUAUCUGAGCAAGUUAACGAGAAAGAUUCUUUAACUAAAACUUUAUGGACUCAAAUGUGUGGAGAAGUUAUAAAAUACGUUACGCUGUUGCCACAUACAUUUGUAUCAGGACUUCUGAUAUUUUCAGAGCUGCUACCUUUACCUCUUCCUCUGCAGACUAGCGAUGACCUUUCUGAGAAUGAAAUAUCGUGGAUAAUUAGUUUGAGAAAACUUUGGUCUGCUCACUUGCACCCUCAUAGUACCGUUAUACAAGAUAUGGUUAAUAAAUUGUGUAUAUCAACACAGCCGCAAUUAUUGAAUCUGUUGAGGCGUAUUUGUGUACAGAUUUCAGAUCUAGCGGCAAAUUCGGCUAUUAUGAUAACUAGGGGAGUAUUAGAUAAUGUGUAUGAUGCUGUGGUGCCCAAAGAAAAUACAAAAAUUGCUCCUUGUACUCCUUAUAUCGCUCGAUUGCUCAAUUUCUUAGCGUGUCUCGUUACCCAAAAUACUAUUAAAUGUGCUUUUUUGCAUUUAAUGCACUCAAACAGCCUUGUAACUCAUAAAACAGAAGAACGAUACGUGAAUUUAAUUCCAGCGUUUGGACAAAUUUUGAAAACGAGUUCGACUACCACCAGCCACAUACAAUCACAAGAGUGUAUCUUAAGCAUAAUACAAAGUUUUUGUGACAUUGAAAUUACUUUGACACAGACUGGAGCUGACGGUAAAGAAAUAUCGUCUGAUGAAUAUUUAUCGAAUGCUUUGCCUAUGAAGGAACAUCUCUUGUCUUAUAUUAAUAUGAUGGGAGAACACCUGACUACUGAUAACUCAUUUUUGACUUAUUUACCAAUAGUGAGGGCGCUGAUAUUAUUAACCGAACAUGACUACGGAUUUUUCCAUCUUAAAGAUCUCUUAUUAAAGAAAAAUGAUCUGUUCUUGUUGGUGUUAAAUAAAUUGGUUGAGAAUUUUUCAAAAGACAAUGGUGAAUGUUUGUCGACUUUGAAUACUUUGGUUGAAUUUUUAAGAGUGUGCGUUACAACAGAGGAGGAAACCGAACCAAACUUACCGUAUACUCCAAGAACGAUCAAAUUGACAUUAGAAGAAUUAAGAAACAUUAUAGGAUGGACAGGAGAAGCCGUUAAUGAACAUCCAUUGAAAAAAUUGGAAACAGUUUUGAAAGAAACAGUAGAGGAAAACAACCCUUUCGAAAGCUUUUUGGAAGGACUGACUGCCUUACUCAAAAUAUUACAAGAAGACACUCUAGACGCCAACAAAGACGUUCUCAUGUGUGGGGAAAUAAUAUUACCAGCACCAGAAACUCUUCUGACUCAAUUUUCUAGACGACUGGUAUUUAGUUCUGCAGAUGCUUGUGACGAAAGAUUGACGUCAACCUAUUGGCUGGGAUUGCCAUCCGAUGAAGGAGAAAAUGACUUAGAGCAUGUAUCUUGUGAUUUAAUAGAGGUGUGUCGACAGAAUUUAAGAUCAGAUUUUAAUAUUGUUAAGGAAAUCGAAAAGUUGUGUCGAAUAUCGAGAAUUGAAAAUAUCGAUGACAAAAAACGAAUGGAAGAUGAAGGCAUGAAAAUGAAGAAACCGUUUAUCACGCCUAUGAGAGCAAGAGGUUUUGCAAGGAGCGUACCCCAACGACCGGACCUCUUCCGAUCUCGACCCCCAAACACGUCUAGACCACCUUCCUUACAUGUGGACGACUUCGUUGCUCUGGAAACUUGUGGAGCACAACCAACAGGACCUACAGGAUAUAACAAAAUUAGCAGAGAAGUAUUAGCAUCAACGAGGAUAUCUAGAGGAACCAGGGGAAGAGCUUUUGUGACGUCUGAGAGAUCAAUGCAAUAUAGACAGAUGCCAUGGUGGGGAGCUGGUAUAGGAAGAGGACCUUAUUAAGUUAAUUAUUAUUUUAUUUUGUUACAGACUUGUGCAUUACUAUAAGUGUAAAUAUUGAUAAAGAACCAAUAAAAAGUAAACCGAAAAUCCC